CUACUAACAAAUGAGGAACUACCUCGCUUUCAAAAUUGGCCUGACCUAAACGUCGCCUCUUCUCUCUCGCCUGACAGCCGACGCUCCACUCCUCCACCUCGUGCUCUCCAGCCAUCGUCACCCUCCCACACCUCCAGCGCCACCGUCGCACAGCAGAGGUUGCCUUCAGGGUGAAGGAACAGGGAUUUCGUGCAAGAGGAGGAACAAAAGACAAAGGAACACAACUUCAUUCACGAAGGUGCAAAAUUCUGACAAGAAAAUGAAAAAAGUUUCAAGGAACAAGAAAAAAAGAGAUGGAGAGCCACCGGAAUCGGUUAUUUCCACUAGUCAUGUUAACGAGGGUAAAAACAUUGCUGGACUGAGUGACAAAAAGAACAAAUUGAAGAAAAAGAAAAGAAGUAAAGAAAAUAGUGAUCAUGAAGGCGUUCCACAUGAUAAUGUAGGUGAAGAUGAUGUCAACCAACAAAAUGCUUUGGCAGAUAAUAUGGAUGAUGCGAAUUCUCCAAAGAAGAUGAAAAAAGCUGCAAGAAACAAAAAGAGGAAAGGCAUGGAGACAAGUGAAGUUGCUCCCCUUCCUACUCCAGAUGAUGUUAAAACCAGUGACAAGAAAAAGAAGAAAUUGAAAAAACAGAAAAAGAAAGGAAAAGAAGAUGGUGUCAUUGAGCAUAUUUUGCACUCUAACCAACAAAUCAGUAAGUCAAAGAGUAUCUCUCAAAUAAAACCCGAUGACAAUGAAGAUGGAGUUUAUGAAAUUUCCUCAGGGGAUGAGGACGAGACAACAGGAAUGAAAAGAUGGAUUGGUGAAUACCAUGGAGGUAGACCUGGAGCAGAGGUUUUGUUGCAAAGGAUCAACGACUUCUUAGUUGACCACUGGGCACAGAAGGAAAAGGAAAGAAAAGAAAAGGAGAGUGAAGCAGCAGAAGGUGGAUGGACAGUUGUGACACAUAUGAAAGGAAGGAAAAAGACGACAGAUGUGGAAAGUGGAACAACUGUUGGGUCUGUUGCUCAGGCUGCUGUCGUGGACAACAUCUCCAAAAAGAAGAAGAAACAAAACCAAGACCAAGUUGGCCUCACUUUCUAUCGUUUUCAGAGAAGAGAGGCACAAAGAAAUGAGAUUAUGAUGCUACAGAGCAAAUUUGAGCAGGACAAGAAAAGGAUACAACAGAUGAGGGCUGAAAGGAAGUUUCGACCUUAUUAGAGCACCUCACCUCACCUCAAUUCACAAAUUUUGAAUUCCGUUUUUGUCUUUAACAUUGACUGAUCAUAGAGAUUUCACUAAACUUCUGUAAAAUCUAUUCUAUGUUGUAUGGUUUAGUUUUGAAUGAUUCGAUUCUUGUCUAGUUUUGGGUUUCCAUAUGAAUUCAUUAAAGAAAAUAUUUGUUGAAUAUAUAAAUAAUUUUAGAACGUUUCUGAUUUA